UAAAUAAAAGCGUUUAUUUAUCUUUUUAGGAAGAUCCAGUAUAGCAGCUCUAUAUAAAUUGAAACAGCCACACCAUGUAACGUCAGAACAUUCAUGUAUUUAGGCAUAGUAUGAUUAACAUGGAAUCACUUGAUGGUAAGAAUCUAAGCUUCCAGAGAGAUGUGGGAAAUGUUACAAAGAACCCAGUGCUUUUUUCAAGUUCAAGGUUAUAUGACGUCACACCUAAAGUGCCACAAACAUCACCAAAGUCUAAACUAGUACACUGUCCAAUAGAUUGGUUAAAUUGUAUUCUCUGUCAAACACAUUCAAGGGAAGCGCUUCAGUGUCCCGCAUUGAUUAAACGCAAAGAUGUUUCUAAAGGUGCAGGCUAUGAGACACUGCUAAGUGAUAUAUCUAGUUAUCAUGAAGUUGGAUAUUUUCCAGUACCGAUUAAUUCAACAUUAUUAGGGGAACAGAAAGAUGUAGUUGAAUUUCUCUUAAAAAAUGAAGCUAAAUGGCACAAGAAUUGUCGUAACAAAUUUAGCAAACUAAAACUUACAAGGCUACAUAAGCACAAGUUAAAAGUUGAGGUCGAAACUGACAGCAGUACACCAAACAAAAUAACUCGUAAGAGUUGUGGUGCAGCUACAGUGGCUGAUUGUAAAAAAUGUUUCUUUUGUAAUACAGAAUCUGGAGAUCUUCAUCAAGCUUCCACAAUUUAAAUGGACACAAAGGUUAGACAAUGUGCUUUCGAGUUACAAGAUACAGUUCUUUUAGCAAAACUUAGUACGGGAGACCUCAUAUCACAAGAAGCCAUGUAUCAUUCUAAUUGUUUGGUAACCCUUUACAAUAGGUCCAGGAAGCUGCAAGCAGAAAAUGAUUCAAAUAAAUCUUGUCAACAAAUACAUGGCAUUGCUCUUGCAGAACUAGUGUCGUAUAUAGAAGAGAGUAAGUCCAGUGAUUCAAUAACCAUACAUAAGCUUGCAGAUCUUGCCAAGAUGUAUUCUUCACGUUUAGCCAAUUUAGGUGUAGAUACUACCAGCCGUGUUAAUACAACUAGAUUAAAGGAGCGCAUAAUGGAACACAUUCCA